AUGGAUUAUCAUGAUGCUAUUGGGGAUUUUGCUUUUCAUGCUUCAAAGAUAGUCCUGGUUCUGCCCACGAAGGCCAUGGAGAAGAGGUUGGAAGCCAAGUUCAGCGUUAGCUUCUGGAUUUUAUCAGGACGUUGCCUGGGAAGUUUUCACCUGUUCUACAUGUGUGCCUGCCUCUGUGCCCUCUCUUCAUCUACAGAUGCAAACUGGAAUAGAGCCGUGUGCCAGCCAGAAAAGAUCCUGUUUGGUGGCUAUUUGAGAUCAUGGAGAAAUCACCAGCUACAGCUUGUGGAGGGAUUUCACACUGCCCAGUCAUGUCAGGCUGCUUGCUGCCAGAGCCCCAGCUGUGAUGCCUUUUGGCUGUUGGAAAAGAUGUGUCUCCAGGUGAACUGCAUGAUUCCCCAUCAGUGUCAGGCAAGCAGGACUGACUCCUCAGAUUCCAUUUUGGCGUUUCUAAAGAAAUCGAAAACUACAGAGCACUCCUUAAGCUCUCAACGUGAAGGCGAGGUGGAGACUCUGCUUCACAAGUUGUUGGAUUGGUGCACGCCAGUCCAAGCCAAAAAGAGAUUGCGAAGGUCCUUCCGGGAGCUGUUGACACAAAAACAGCACUUGGCACAUGUCCGGAGGGGCUUGCUGAAAAGGGAUAUAACAGAUCUCCCCACCAGGGGGAAUGUUGAAAAUCUGCCAGCCAGUACCUUGGACAGCGUAUCUAAGAGCAGCUUGAGUAAUAUUGGUCUAAAGGAUAACCCGGAACCUAGGCCUUCAUUGAGGGAUGUUCCCAGUGACCAUGCAACUCGAGAGAAAACUUCACUGCAAAAUGGAACGGACUCAAGAGAACAGAAAAACAAAAGCCCUGCCUCUCCUGAGAGCCAUAGUGUGAGUGGACUGAGUGAUCCAGCUGGUAGUGGCUCUCUAGGGGCUCAUGCAGGAACAUCCACGUCAGAACGCCCGGUGCUGGUUACGUUCUCCAGCCCCAUAGCACUGGGUUUGACUGCCACUGGCAAAGCUGAGAAACUCAAGCAGUCAAACAACACUUCCGUCCAGCCUCUUUCUUUAGAGGAGAUUCUCCCUACGAUCAGUGCUCUGCUGGGGAAAAACACGAUGAAGAUGCAGACCGUUACCGCUGUGCCCACCGGUGUUCCCACCAAUGACAGCGUUACCACAGUCCAGGCUAUCCCUGCCACAUCAUCAAGCACCCCUACACCAGUGCAAGUUAUGAAGGAGCUGGUAGUUUCCGCAGGAAACAAUGUCCAAGUGACCCUGCCAAAAAAUGAAGUUCAGUUAAAUGCAUUUGUCCUACCUGAACCACCAACGGGAACCAGCUACACCUAUGACUGGGGGCUGAUUACUCACCCAAAAGACUACAGUGGAGAGAUGGAAGGCAAACACUCCCAGACCCUCAAGUUAUCUAAGCUCACCGUUGGUCUGUAUGAAUUCAAAGUGAUAGUUGAUGGGGGAAAAGCACAUGGGGAAGGUUACGUGAAUGUGACAGUUAACCCAAAGCCUCGUGUGAAUCAGCCUCCUGUGGCUAUUGUGUCACCACAAUCCCAAGAGAUUUCACUGCCGACCACCUCUACUGUCAUCGAUGGCAGCCAAAGCACUGAUGAUUAUAAAAUUGUCAGUUUCCAUUGGGAAGAAUUGAAGGGGCCACUGCGGGACGAGAAGGUAUCGACUGACACUGCCAUAUUGAAACUGACCAACUUAGUACCUGGGAAUUACACAUUCAGCCUAACAGUUGUGGAUUCAGAUGGUGCCAGCAACUCUACCACUGCCAGCUUGACUGUGAAUAAAGAAGUGGAUUAUCCUCCAGUGGCAAACGCAGGCCCAAACCAAGUGAUCACGCUUCCCCAAAACUCUAUCACCUUGUACGGGAACCAGAGCACUGAUGAUCAUAGCAUUGUCAGCUACGAAUGGUUACUCAGCCCCAGUAGCAAAGGAAAGGUGAUGGAGAUGCAGGGUGUGAGGACACCAAUAUUACAGCUCUCUGCAAUGCAAGAAGGUGAUUACACCUACCAGCUAACGGUGACUGAUUCUGCAGGCCACCAGUCCACCGCUGAGGUCACCGUGAUAGUGCAGCCUGAGAAUAAUAAGCCCCCCAAAGCAGAUGCUGGCCCAGAUAAAGAACUCACCCUCCCUGUGGACAGCACCACUCUAGAUGGCAGCAAGAGUUCAGACGACCAGAAAAUAGUCUCCUUCCUCUGGGAAAAAACACGGGGCCCGGAUGGUGUAAAACUGGAGAAUUCCAACAGCAGCAUUGCUACUGUAACUGGGCUUCAGGUUGGAACAUACGAAUUCACACUGACUGUCAAAGAUGAAAGGAGCUUGCAAAGCCAGAGCUCAGUUAAUGUCAUUGUCAAAGAAGAGAUGAACAAGCCACCAGUGGCAAAGAUUGCUGGGAAUGUUGUCGUCACCCUCCCUACAAACACAGCAGCCUUGGAUGGGUCCAAAUCCUGGGAUGAUAAGGGAAUUGUCAGCUACCUGUGGACCCGGGACGAGGGGAGUCCUGCAGCUGGGGAGGUGUUAAAUAAUUCAGACCACCACCCUGUGCUUUUCCUCUCCAACCUGGUGGAGGGGACAUACACGCUCCAUCUGAAAGUGACGGAUGCCAAAGGAGAGAGUGAUGCAGAUAGGACCACUGUGGAAGUCAAAGCUGAUCCAAGGAAAAACAAUCUUGUGGAGAUGAUACUGGAUGUUAAUGUCAGCCAGCUGACGGAAAGGCAGAAGGGUAUGUUAAUCCGUCAGAUAGGCGUUCUGCUGGGCGUCCUGGACUCGGACAUUACCGUACAAAAGAUCCAGCCGUACACAGAGCAGAGCACAAAGAUGGUGUUCUUUGUGCAGACCCAACCACCGCAUCAGAUCUUCAAAGGCCACGAUGUAGCAUGGACACUCAAAAGUGAACUCCGGAAACAGCAGUCGGACUUCCUCAUCUUCCGAGCACUAGAAAUUAAUACAGUCACAUGCCAGUUGAAUUGCUCCGAGCAUGGGCGCUGCGACUCCUUCACCAAGCGCUGCAUCUGUGACCCGUUCUGGAUGGAGAACUUCAUCAAAGUGCAGAUGGGGGAGGGCGAGAGUAACUGUGAAUGGAGUGUGCUGUAUGUGAUCAUUGCGUCCUUUGUCAUUGUGGUCGCCUUUGGAAUCUUAUCCUGGACUGUGGUCUGCUGUUGUAAAAGGCGGAAAGGAAAACCCAAAAGGAAAAGCAAAUACAAGAUUUUGGAUGCCACAGAUCAGGAGAGUCUGGAGUUAAAACCAAACCUCAAAGCAGGCAGCAGACAGAAAGCUCAGGUCCUCAACACCAGCCUGAUGCACUCCGAAUCUGAACUGGACAGCGACGAAGCCAUCUUCACAUGGCCGGACCGAGAGAAAGGGAAACUACUCCGGAGUCAGAAUGGCUCCCUGCGCAAUGGACAGGUGCUGCCCAAACCGAAGAACCAGAGGGAAGAGAUCUUAUAGCCAAGCCCUAAGUCACCUUUAGCUAGGGGACCGAGCGAAAAGGGGGGCAACUCCAUUCCCCUGUCCCAGGGGGGCCCUUGAAGACCAGCUGGAUCGUGAUAGGUCAAAGCUGCUAACUUAUUUCAUGGAAACUACCUUUGUUUUUGUGGUUCGACUAGAACUGGUUGUACUUGAAUCCUGACUUCAAGGGAAAUCAAAGGGAGGAAAAGGAACUGUGAAAUACAGACUACCUGGCAUCUCGAAUGCAACAGGACAGAACCACUUACCACAGCUGUGAAAGCACAGACCCACCCACCUCCUACUGCAAUGGAGGCAAAAUUCCCAUGGACCUUCAGUCUUCUCCCCACUGGAGGUUUCUUCUCUCUGAAAGAGGGUCAGGGAGAGCCGUGCUUUGGGCUCCCAUCAAACCACCACAGCCUCCAAUAGUGAUGGCACACUGACUGACUGACCUUUUUAAAAAAGAAAAACAAACCUAGCUCACAUGCUACUUCAGCUGCAGAAAAAGCUUUUCCCCCCUCUCUACCCCACCCCCCUCCACUGAUUAAGCACCAUUUUCUAAAAAAUUAACCUUGUCCUUUCACACCAGCUAACCGCGUGGAGUGGGGGACAUUCAAAAUACUGCGCUCACCCAGAAUGGGCUGCUUCAGUUCACAGCUAUGAGGGGGUUGUAAUUGUUUUAAAUUGUUAGUCUUGUCACUGGGAAUGAAGAUAAAAUGGCACCUAAUCAGAUGCCGAAAACUUAGCUGGAGUGAACAGCCCAGCUCCAGAGUCUGUGCUAGCCAGCUGAACGGGGCACCCCAUCCCUGCAGCCAGCCCUUCCGGGUUCGUACCAGACCCAGGGGAUCGUUUGCUAAUGGGAAGGAGAGUGCCUGCCUUUCUGGUAUCUGUGACUAAUAGCUUAAUUCCAAAGCCCUGAGAUGUUUAUUCAGCUCCACUGCACACUGUGUAGAUUCUGAAACGCUUCUACGUGUGCUCAGUAACACUGUAGAAUAUCAGUACUGCCCUCCCUACUGUAAGAUGCCAUGACGCUGUCCUUUCUUCUAACACUUACACACGUCCAAGACAAACAUGGGUGGAUACCUUCACUCCCUGAUGGCUGGACGUCCCCCUCCAGCUGGCACCUCGGUAGCCUUUUGUUGUGCUGUCAUUGAGUAGCCCUGCGUAUGCUCCUAGCAUUGAAUUGUUUUGACUGACGGCUGACAUGCACACUUCAAAUUUAUUAACUGACUGAAACAGGGACCAUUCAAAUCCUCUUUGCCCGAAUACCUGCAGGUGGCUCCCAGAGGCACGUCCCGGUAUGGAGUGUGUCCUCGGUGGGCAGCGUGGUUCUGGACUACAGGCCCCUUUCAGUCAAUGACAACGUGGAGUUGAGUGAUUGUGUGUGACGCUCCCUCCCCAUUGCCAUGUCUGUCUCAACAUGCUGCUUUCUUGAGCCAAACCUCCAUCCUUGGCAAGCGUUUGCCCUUUUCAUUGGGGUGUCAGAUGCCUCUGCCCCUCUAGGAUGAGUACUUAGUUCAUGGCCUUUCUUUGUGUUUAAUUAAACUGGUAACUUGUUUCAUUGGCUUCCUUUUUUGGAUACUGAAAGACAAAAGGCUUUAAACUCCUAAGUUGUAUUUAUAUUGCUGCACUACUGACUUGUGUUGAACCAGAUGAAGAUUAAAGACACUAUUUAAUUUGAGGGAGUGUUCCCCAU